GAAGCCGCGUCGGCCGCUAUCUUGGCUACGGGGGUGGUGAGGUGCCCGUAUGUUGGGCGCCAUCUUUGAGGCUGGCAGCAGGGGAAAGGCGACGACCCGAGCGGCGGCCCCAGCGGAACGGGGAGAUAGAGCGGCGGCCGCGGUCCCUGGGGUUCGAUUUGGGAAAAUUCCCUGCCAAAAAAAUAUUUCCUGGAAAAUUCACUAGUGUUUGUAGCUCACUAACCCUGGCUGCCUCCGCUCUGAGAGCACUCAGAUGGACUUGCAUCCUCCGUUAGUUGUAAGAUAUCUAAGAGCGCAUCCCGUGUUUGACUUGUGGAUGAGAGGUCCCCUUGGCAAAGUGAGGAGGAAAGUUCUUUCUACCCCUUUAUUAUUAAUUCACGGAUUCAGUGUUGGUUCGGCCUACAGGAGAAGUUAACUGGAAGGCUUUGAAGAUCGCCGUCUUUGCUGAGGUUGUCCAGGGUUCCUUUUAAAAAGAAGAUUUCGCUGAUCAAGGCAGUAGAAGACGCUCAGUCCAAGGAAGCGCGAAGCCAGCUCCUUCCGAGAGCGCAGGAAGACCUCGGAGAUCCCGACACCAGAGCUGCUUCUGGAGCUCGUCCAGCAUGUCUAAGCAAGGAGAUGAUUGCUAUUUCUACUUCUAUUCCACCUGUAACAAGGGAGACAGCUGUCCCUUCCGGCACUGCGAAGCUGCUCUGGGCAAUGAAACCAUCUGCACGCUGUGGAAGGAGGGCCGCUGUUUCAGGAAUGUCUGCAGGUUCAGGCACAUGGAGAUUGAUAAAAAGCGCAGUGAGAUUCCCUGCUUCUGGGAGAACCAGCCGGGAGGCUGCCAGAAAUCCAACUGUGCUUUCCAUCACACCAAGGGACGUUAUGUCGACGGGCUCUUCUUACCGCCGAGCAAAACUACACUGCCAAGUCCACCUGAGUCUGCAGAUGAUGAUCUGAAAGCGGCUCAGAUAACGCUGCAGCAGAGCAAGCUUUCUGUGCAGUCCAAUCCCUCUCCACAGUUGAGGGGAGUGAUGAAAGUGGAAAACUCAGAAAAUGUCCCAAGCCCUACGCAUCCUCCGGUUGUAAUCAAUGCUGCGGAUGAUGAUGAAGAUGAUGAUGACCAGCUUUCCGAGGAGGGAGAGGAAACAAAAGCACCUGUCCAGCAACCAGCUGAAGAAAACCAUAACGGGUUGCGGAUCAUUUCCACUAGGAAAUCUAAUGCCGAUACAAAACAAGAUGACAGCUUGAAUUUUGGCAUAAAAACACUUGAAGAAAUCAAAUUGAAGAAACAAAAGGAAAAAACAAAAAAACAAAGCGAAGGUCCUUCAGGAGUUCCUGCUCAUCCGCUCCAACCUCGGACUGUUCCUGUGCCAGAGAAGGAGAAUGUGCGGACAGUGGUCAGAACUGUGACGCUGUCUGCAAAGCAAGGGGAGGAACCUGUGAUUCGAUUGAAUCUUGCUGAGAAACCUGGAAAACGGAAAGCAGCUAUAGCUGAUGUCAGUGGCCUUCCACUGAAGCGCAGCCUUGCGGAGAGGCUGGGGAAGAAGAUCGAGGUUGACAAAGCACCAAAGAGAGAGAAGGGUGCCAAGCCAGCGGGAGAGAUCCACGUGAAAACGCUGGAGGAAAUCCGUCUGGAGAGAGCUAACCAGCGAGGAGAAACUCAGGCUGCCCCAGUGGAAGGGUGUUGUAAGGUAGAGGACCCCAGCUCAGGGGCGAGGCCUUCCCCUGCACUUCGCAUCAAAACCUUCUCGGAAGCCCUGGCUGAAAGGAAACACAAGCGAGUGGAGGAAGAGAAGCAAAAAGCAGAAGAGUUGCUUACGGAGAAGAGAGCUGAGGUUGAGCGCAAGAAGCAGAGAAUUCUCCCUCUCUCUGUGCCUAGCAAAGUGAAAUUGGAAGAGCCAACGCGUAAAAUCAAGCCAUUGGAGGAAGUGCACAUUAAAACCUUGGAAGAAAUCAAGCAGGAGAAAGCUCUGCGGAUGCAGCAGAGCGGGGAAAACUUGCCAGCUCCAGCAGCACAGCCCGGGCCUGCCCCAGCAGGAAGGAAGUUGUUACGGAUCACAAAGCUGACAGCACCUGGAAGAGAAGAGAAGAAGAGCGUGGAACUGAGCAGGGCUUCUCCCAAAGCUGUCUCUGCACCUGCAGAGCCCUCUGAUCAGAGUGCACCUAAUUCUAAAGCUCAAGUGAAGAGCAUUGAGGGGACAAUGAAGGAGAAGCUGCAACUGAAACAACCAGAGAAGCUGAAGAAGGAAGUGGCUGCUGUGCCAUCUGCUGCUGAAGAAGCAGUCAAAGCCAAGUGCAAGGUGUGUGUGAAGCCUUCCGAUGGGAAAGCCAGCACCCCCACGAAGCGGGCGCUGAAGCGUAAGGCCGCUGAGAUCUGCCCCUCUGCCGUGGCAGCCGUGAAACCGCUGAGUGCCACUGAUCCCGAGGAGCCUCCAGCUAAAAAAGCAGCUUUGGCUGCUGUGCCAGCCCUGCCCGCGGGCAGCCCGCUCACCAAGCCUGGCGUGGAGAAACCCCCAAGCAGUCUUGACCUGCAUCUGGGAAGCCAAGCAGACUCUGUGGCGCAGUCGGGGGACUCGAGUUUGGCUCCAGCUUCCUCACAAUCCGUGGCCAAGACGCAGCAGCUGAGCUCCACGGGGGCGGGGAAGGCGUCCUUAUCUGUGGAGGAUGACUUUGAAAAGCUGAUCUGGGAAAUCUCAGGAGGGAAACUGGAAGCAGAAAUUGACUUGGACCCCGGGAAGGAUGAGGAUGACCUCCUUCUUGAACUUUCUGAGAUGAUUGACAGUUGAACUGCGUACUCUUAUGGUGUAUAUAUAUAUAAAAAAAAAAAUUAAAUUUUUUUUUUUGGUUGGAUACCCCAGGGUGAUACUUUUCUAAAGGAGGCUUCGCAGUGAGUCUUAAAGCACAGCUGAACUGAUGGGAAUUGGCAGCCUGCAUUCCGCUGUCCCGAGUUUUCCUGCUGCUCAGAGUCGAGGUCCUGUGCAUCCUUCCCUGAUUCUGGUUGGCUCCUUUCAGCAGCAAGAGGAGGAAGCAGUUCUUUGUCUCAGCCCUGAACUUUGUUCGUCUGCGUGCUGCGCUGGCCGUGGAUUGAUCUACUGAUUCAGUGAUGCUCUGAAGGCUUAAACCUAAAGCUUCUUCCUUCCUCCUCCCUUGGCCGUGCUCAGCGUUGGGCGCAGCAGGAAGCUUUGGAGUUCUGAUUUUUGGGCAGUUGUUAUGUCUAGCCUCGAGUUCUUCUGCCAACUCUUGAGUUUUAUUUGUGUAUGCUGUUGUUUUGACUCUAAUCCUUUAAGGCAACUUAAUGAAGACAUGGGGGUGGGAGAGAGCGGAAUUAUUCUGGUACUUUGGACCAAAUGCCCCACCAAGGAUGGGGGGGGGGGGGGGGAGGUCUGCCCCUCCCUUCCUUCUGGUUAUCAGCAGCGAUGCAGCAGCAGUGUGAAAAGCAGGAGCCGCACACUGCAGCUCUGUUACUCCCCCUCCCUUUUUCUGUACCUCCAGUGCUUUUUGCUGGUAAGAAUGGGAUGCUGGGGCGAGCAGGCGCUGCUCCUCUUGUCUGCAGCGAGCGGGGCUGCUGAGCUGCGGCAGCAGCGGCUCUCGGUCCGCAGAGCUGCACCCCGCGCUGGGGCUGGCCCCGCUGCAGGAGCGGGCGCUGCACGUGGGGCCAGGGGGGAGCAGAGCGGGGCCGGGAGCCGCGUGCCCUGCUGCCCGGGGUUGUUUUCCCAGCAGAUAUCCUUGGGAUUAUUUUCUUAACUUGUAGAAGAACUUUAGGCUUUUCCUACUGUGACGUGUGAUGCCGUAGGGGCCCUCGGGCAUCUGCUGCCAGCAGAGGAAUCUCAGUUGUUGAGUUCAUUGUAAAUACUUCAUUUCUGGAAGAAAACGCGUGCGCUUCGAUGACCCGCAGCCGUGGCCCAGCUCAACGUGAAGCAGCGCGAGGAGCCGGGAGCAGAGCGCAGCCCAGGGCAGCGCCGGGACCGCGCUGUGUUCAGCAGAAAAUUUUCUGUGUGUUUCUGCUGCCGGCCUCUGCCCACGGUGGGAUUUCGUGUAUGCCAUUGUUACUGUAAAUAUUUUAUCCUUUCAUUUUAUAUUUGCCUUCUAUUUAAGAUAUUGUAUGAACGUAGUCAGGCUCCUCUGUUCGUGCUGGCGGCGCUCGGCUGUUUUCCAAUAAACCUGGCACAGCACA